UCCUCUUCCAAUGGCGUUCUAACUAACCCACUAAUGUAACUUCCUUUGGUACUCAGUUGCCGUCUUCUGAUGAUACAAGCGCGCUUUGCCUUACACACUCCAGUGACCUUGCGACACCUGCGAAACUCGAUCGGCACUUCUAGUGUGGCGACGAUCAAGCUCGGCAGGCCGUAGGAGUGAUCCGUCCGGUCUUGGUUAGUCGUAAUCUGGAAGUGGAAGGGACUGGUUUCGAUUAGUAAGGGAGCGGUUGGAUUGUGUUGCAGCUGUGCGGGACAGGGAAGAUUUGAUUUCAUUAGAAUGCAUGGGGAGAGUAGGUUGAACUGGUGGCUCGUGGCGUCGUCGUAGGGGUAGUGAGUUUUUUUGUAGAAUUGUGUGUUGUGGUGAGAGGGGUUUGGAUGUGUAGGAUGUAGGUGAGUGGGCGUUAGGAUGGUGUGGAGAUUUGGUGGUAGGGGAGAUAUUAUUUUUCAGACUGUGGGAAGUUGGGGAAUAGAUGCGGUGGGGAUCCGAGGGUCGGUCGACACGGGUAGGGAGCUCGUGAGAGGCGUUUCAUAAGAAGUGGUCGUGUUUUGAUGAGCGAGAGUUUGUAGAGGGUUAGUAGGAAGUACUUGGGGGAGGAUAUUGAGAAAUUGUGAAGAAAGUGUGGGAUAUAAGCUGGUCGCAGUUAUGAGCGUUGGAGUCGUUUGGUUCGGUAGGUGUCUGGGUUGCCUUGACGCUGGAUGAGGGGGAGGAGAAAGUCGAGUAGGAGUUUUCAGUUGGGAGGGGUUUGUAGAAGGCGAAGUUCCGGUGCGGAGAAGUGAUACAGAGGAGGAUAUUGGAUGCAAGAUGAUGGCGCAGUGGCAUGGAGAUCAUGACAAACUUGAAUUAGGAAGAGUAAAUGCUUGUAUUGUCAAUGCUGCACCGCCCUAUGAUGACAGCAACAAAUUUGAUGAUGAUGGGAAAACGCGCCGCACAGGAUCUUUCUGGACAGCCUCCGCGCAUGUAAUAACUGCUGUGAUAGGGUCCGGGGUGCUAUCCCUAGCGUGGAGCAUGGCACAAAUGGGGUGGGUGGCUGGGCCCUUGGUGCUUCUACUUUUCUCAUUCGUGACUUACUAUACAUCUUCGUUGUUGGCGGACUGCUAUCGCCACCCUGAUCCGGUUACUGGCAAACGUAAUUACACCUACAUGGAUGCUGUGAAAGCUAACUUAGGACCUCGACAAGUACUGCUUUGUGGUGUGGUGCAAUAUGCUAACCUCUUGGGAACUUCAAUUGGCUACACCAUUACUGCAGCAUCAAGCAUGGUGGCUAUUACAAGAUCGGACUGCUUCCAUCACAAGGGUACCAAAGGACCAUGUCAAGCCUCGAACAUUCCAUACAUGAGUAUGUUUGGUUUCGUACAGAUUAUUCUGUCCCAGAUACCAGAGUUUGGAGAGCUGUGGUUCCUGUCUGUACUAGCUGCCGUAAUGUCCUUUCUAUAUUCCACAAUCGGCUUGGGACUCGGUAUCGCCAAAGCUGUGGACCACCAGCAUGGAUAUGGGUCAAUAACCGGGAUUUCAGUUGGCGAUCCAUCGGUAGGAUAUGUCUCCAUGAGCAAUAAGAUUUGGGGGAUAUGUAGCGCACUCGGCAACAUAGCAUUUGCUUACUCGUUCUCGAUGAUUCUAAUCGAGAUUCAGGACACCUUGAAAUCUUCGCCCCCUGAAAACAAAACAAUGAAGCGGGCUAGUCUGUUUGGUAUCAUUACCACCACCAUAUUCUACAUGUCGGUGGGAUGUGCUGGGUACGCAGCUUUUGGAGAUAAUGCCCCAGGCAACUUGCUGACCGGAUUUGGAUUCUACAACCCCUACUGGUUGGUAGACUUCGGCAACGCUUGCGUUGUUGUUCAUCUGGUUGGAGCCUACCAGGUGUAUACACAACCACUGUUUGCAUUCUUCGAGAAUACGCUUUCAAGCAGAUGGCCUAAGAGUCAAUUCAUCCAUAAAGAGUAUUAUUUGAAAGUUCCAUGGGGUGAACCCUUGCACUUCAACCUCUUUCGAUUGGUAUGGCGUUCCAUGUAUGUGGUUGUAACCACGGUGCUGUCAAUGGUUCUACCUUUCUUCAACGAUGUUAUGGGUCUGAUUGGGGCAUUUGCAUUCUGGCCUCUAACUGUCUACUUCCCAGUUCAGAUGUUCAUCGUGCAACGACAGGUCCAAAGGUGGAGCCCAAAAUGGUGCUGGUUACACCUUCUCUCGGUUUCCUGUUUUGCUGUUUCCUUAGCAGCAGCAUUGGGAUCAAGCGAAUGUAUGAUCAGUGAUCUGAAAAAAUACAAACCCUUUCAAGGUUAGGUCAAGCCGGAGGGGGGUCACGUCGCACUUCACUGAGAUUUAUUUUGUUCCUUGGAGAUAGAUAUUUAUCUGGUACUCCUCAGAAAUGUCUGCGACCGAGAACCUCAGUUAGCCUGCAUACCGUUGCUCUGGGUAAUACGGUAGGCUACCAAUCAUCGUCGAACAUGUCAAGGUCUCUGUUACCUAUUGUGUUACAAUUGGCGGGUCCUGCCACCUUAUCUAUGUAGGUGGCAUUCGAGUCUCGAGAGACACGUUCAGUUGUACCAUUCCUAGUUCUAGGUUCCCCUGAAGCCCGGGUUAGUCCAAGCUUCAUACUUUAUCUGCUAAAUACAAAAAUUUGUAGAGUCCAACUUGAAUGCUUUCUGUGAGAAAUCGUGGUCAUUUUCUCAAUGUAGUUGGAGAAAAUUUAGAGGUUGAAAUUGUAUAUUGUCUGUCUAUCCAACGUCUUCCGUGCGUGUCUAGAUUUCUGCAUGCUAGAUCACCUUUGUACAGGCCUUUGCUUAAGGCUAUGUGGACAACCCCUGUUGUAGUUGUACUCUUACAUUUAUCCUUGUACUCCUCGCUGUUUGUCUCUAGCGAAACCUUUUUGAGAAGAGGUAGAGCUAUUCAGGUCUUCUGAUUAGUGAUCACUUGCGAAUCGUCGAUCUGAUCCUGCGUUUAAUAGAACAUUUGCUUCUCAAAUGCUGUGCUUUUGAUGCUUUCUUGGUUUGGGUUCGGAUAAAUUCUUGAAGCUGCAGGAGGUUGUAAAGUAUUGACGGGUUACAAAGUCGGAAGUCCAGUUUACCUUGUCCUUUUAUUCCGGACCUCAGUUGAGGAUGUGGUUUUAAGUAUUGUUUAUAAACAAUAAUGAAUGUUACUUAGGAACAUCUGUAAUCCUGUAAUUCUGUAAAUGUAAACUAAUGUAAAUAUUGUGUUUCUAAA